UGCUUCACUCAUCGAGCUAACGGAGGUUCCCUAAAAGUGGAGUUGAGCGAGAGGCAUUUCCCUUCGUCUUUGAUAUUUAAAGCUUGCAUUUUGCUGGUUGAGAGGGAGGAGUAUUAUGAAACCCGUAGUACACCAACUGGGUUGUAUUAUAAAGUCUAUAGUGAUGAGGGGACAGUUAUGCGGGAUUUCCACAAGUUAUUCUGCACUAUAACAGAGCAUUUGUACAUCUUUGAAUUUCAAAUAGAAGAUGUGACUUCGAACAAGCUUUUCUUUGAAUUUGUGAUCGAAAAUUUUUUAAGGAAGUGGGUGAUAAAAGAAUGUGGGGUGCAUAUCGUUAACAUGCACCAGAAAAAAGAAUGCAAAGCAGAAGAAGAAUGAAAGGUGACAGUGUAGACGAAGAAGAGGAAAAUGAAGGUGAGAGAGUGUAGACGAAGAAGAGGAAAAUGGAAUCAGGACCAAGACCAAAUGCAGAUACUUUUUCACGCUUCUGUCAUGAUGGUCAUCGACCUAGCAAACCAUCACAAAGAGACCUCAAUGACCAUAGACAAACCAGACGGCCCAUCUGAAGCCGAGAGAUACCUUAUAGAAGCUGAACCGGAGAAAACAAUGGAGCAUAAAGGCGAGCCGAACAGAAGCAGGGAUGAAAACUUGGAGUUUCACCAACCAAAUGCCAUCAAUGAAGGAUAUAUGAUCGAGCCAAAACACUUUUGGGUCGACCCAUAAAUGAAGAUUCUCAAGAAUCAACUCAAACUCUUGGCCAAAGCAUGUUCAAGCCACCCAAGAAGACCCAUGCACCUUAUUCAGCACUGAUGAAGUCCGAGAUCAAGUGGUCCAGCUCGGCCAACACUUGUAUUACAUUUCUAUCUCACCCAGUGAACGCCUCGAAGUUGAAUCAGUCCGAUUGGAGUUCAGACAUAAGAGUAAUUCAAUUUACAAAUCGGGUGAUCUCCAACAUACCCGAUUUAGACAUAUGCGCAUUAAUCAAAGGAUUCCGGAAAAACCAGGACGAAUCAAGCUAUGAACCGGCUUGUUAUGGAUUCCUUAUUCAUCACAGAAUCCAAGAGAAUUGGAAUCAGACCGAGAUCGAUUUUGGUUUA